AUUCAUUACCUACUCAGCUGACGGACACCUUUGCUCUUCAACGACCAUGCGCGCGCCCUGCUGAACAGUCUUUUACUCUCGCCAGCCCUGCCCGUUACCUCUCUGCCUGCGGCUCAGAUUCAUAGAGACGAGGCUGUUGGUGCCGCCGCCGCCGCCGCCGCCUGGUCUUUGGCUCCUCCUGGCUCUUCCCUCCCUUCCUUCAUUGCCUUGCCUCGUCUUUUUGUUUCCGCGCACCCACCCUCUUGGUUUGUCCGUCCGUCCGUCCGUCCGUCCGUCCGUCUCGCCUGGGCUGCGCUCGCUGCUGGGGGUUGCAAGUCCAUCCCACGUGGGCGAGCGAGCUCACCUCCUCCCCUGCUGCUGCCGCCUCGUUUCAGUCGCUCUUACAUUACCCGGUUAGGCAAGCUAUUCCGCCAGCUCACUGCACUCUGUUUCUAAGGUAUUGCCUAGGCAGUGGUGACUUCUUGUCCCAUCUGUCUCUUCCUCUCUCUCUCUCUCUCUCUCUCUCUCUCUCUCUCUCUCUCUCUCUUGCGCGCGCGCGCUCACUCGCUCGUCGCAUCGAAGCUCGGUCAAGGCCCAGCACCAGAAAGAAAAAGAGAGAAACAAAAGCAGAAGAAUACUUGCGCCCAUGGACGUCGUCGCCGGCGGCUCCCUGCGGUGGCCGUCCGCCACGGUGCUCGUCACGACGACGGCCAUUGCGACGGCCUCGCUGCUCGUGCUCGCCAGGGCGACGCUCUGGCCGCGGAAGCAGCGCGUGCUGCGCAGCCCGCUGCGCACCGUCCUCCCGCGCGCAUCGAGCGAGGAGCUGCAGGGGCUCGUAUACCGUCCCGACGAGUUCCCGGGGGCGCGGGACGUGGACACGCCGUAUGGCUCUGUGCGCGUGUACGAGUUUGGGCCCGAGGAUGGCGAAAAGGUGCUCUUCGUCCACGGCAUCAGCACCUCGUGCAUCACCCUGGCAAGACUCGCCCGCGCUCUGGCCGACCGCGGCUGCCGCGUCAUGCUCUACGACCUUUUUGGGCGCGGCUUCUCCGACGGCGUCGGCGACCUCCCGCACGACGAGCGCCUCUACUCCUCGCAGAUGCUCUGCGUCCUCGCCUCGAGCCCCCUCGCGUGGACGGGCCACGGGGCCUUCCGCCUCGUCGGCUACUCCCUCGGCGGCGGCAUCGCCGUGCACUUUGCCAACGCCUUCCCGCGCCUCGUCUCGUCGCUCGUCCUGCUCGCCCCCGCGGGGCUCAUCCGCCCGGAGAGCUUCGGCGCCCUCACCCGCUUCGUCUUCUCCUCGGGCGCCGUCCCCGAGCGCAUCCUCGCGCGCAUCACCCAGCAGCGCCUGCAGCGGCCCAUUGCCGCCUCGCGCCUGUCCAAGAACGCCGCCGUCGCUGCCGUCGCCGUCACCGCCGCCGCCGCCGAGGCCACGGACCUGCAUUCAUCGGGCGGCGGCAAGCACACCGCCUCGCCGCUCGAGGACCGCGUGCUCGACUACGUCCGCUGGAUGGUGGUCCACCACGAGGGCUUCGUCCCGGCCUUCAUGUCGUGCAUCCGCUUCGCGCCCCUGACGGACCAGCACGACGCCUGGCGCCGCCUCGCCGCCCGCGCGCCCGGCUCCACGGCCGUCUUCCUCGCCGAGGCCGACGAGAUCAUCGACGUCGACGACUACACGCGCGACGGCCUCACCCUCGCCGGCGGCAGUGACAACGUCGUCUGGAGGGUCCUCCCCGGCAGCCACGACUUUGUCAUGACGCACGUGGACGAGAUCAUGAAGGAGCUCGAUGCCCUGUGGGGCAUCAAGAAGGGUUGA